AUGGCCUCGACAGUAGUUGGCGGCACGCAGGCCGGCAAGGAGGAUGUACCUACAACAGCCAAGAAGUCCUCAUCGCGGGAUUAUAAAGGCUUUGUAGCAGGGGUCUUUAGCGGCAUCGCCAAACUCUCAGUCGGCCACCCCUUCGACACCAUCAAAGUCCGCCUCCAAACCACAAACAAAGGCCGCUUCACCGGGCCCCUCCAAUGCGUCACACAAACCAUCAAGAACGAAGGCGUCCGCGGCCUCUACAAGGGCGCAACACCGCCCCUAGUAGGCUGGAUGUUCAUGGACUCCAUCAUGCUAGGCUCCCUAACCGUCUACCGCCGCCUCAUGGCCGAGAACAUCUUCCACGCCUCGUCAUGGACCCCCGGCGCCGGCGACAACGUCGGCCUCGGAUUCACCGCCCUCAUCGACAGAUUCAACUCCUCGCCAUCAUCCUCACUCACAAAUCUUCCCCCACUAGGCCACGGCAUAGCAGGCAUCUUCGCCGGCGCAACGGUAAGCUUCAUCGCCGCACCGGUCGAGCACGUCAAAGCCCGUCUGCAGAUCCAGUACGCGGCCAAGAAGUCGCAGCGCAUGUACUCCGGCCCCAUAGACUGCCUGCGCAGAAUCUACACCCACCACGGCGUGCGCGGCGUCUACCACGGACUAUGUGCCACCAUGAUUUUCCGAAGCCUGUUCUUCUUCUGGUGGGGCAGCUAUGAUAUGCUUUCGAGGUGGAUGCGGCAGAAGACGAAUAUGAGUGCGCCGGCGAUUAAUUUCUGGGCGGGCGGGCUGAGUGCCCAGAUUUUCUGGCUGACUAGCUAUCCGAGUGAUUUGGUGAAGCAGAGGAUCAUGACGGAUCCUUUGGGAGGCGGGCUAGGGGAUGGGGAGAGGAAGUUUCCGAGGUGGAAGAAUGCUGCUGUGGCGGUCUAUAGGGAGAGCGGCUGGAGGGGGUAUUGGAGAGGCUUUUUGCCUUGCUUUUUGAGAGCGUUUCCUGCGAAUGCGAUGGCGUUGUUGGUUUUUGAGGGUGUUAUGAGGACGUUACCUUAG